AUGUUAAUGGCAUUGAACAUUCCGGCGCUGAUAAUUGUCCUACUACUCAUCACGGGUGAAGCUAUAGCUCAAGACGAACUGGAAGAGGAACUAUGCGAUAUUGAGACCAAGUCUCCGUGCUCUGUUAAGGAUCAUGAAGAGUGCCGACCUCAAAAUCCACAGGAUAAGAUAGGUGUGUGCAAGUGUAUUCCUGGAUUCGUUCGUGCUUUUAAUGGUGCUCCCUGUCUUCCAUCUAGCACAGCUGUGAAAGAAGCAGUCAGCACAUCCUCCAACGUAACUAACGGACCCUCUACAACGACAGCUAAGAGUCCUCUACAGUUUUCACUUGAAGGUCCUUCAGUGAUCCAGCUGCCGACAGAUUCGGUGAAGGUUGAAGUGAAAUUGCAGGAAAAGGAUGCGACGCAGAGCGACAGUUUUUCUUAUUUGUGGGAGUUGCUGCAGGGCACAGGCCUGGCUUUUGCUUCAUCAUACAAACGUCCAGUAUUGGAACUAUCUCAGCUGAAAGAGGGAAAACUUCUUUUUCGUGUGACGGUUUCGAACUCUACACACUCUGGUGAACAACAAUAUGCCUUGACCGUCAACCCUCCAAAAGCGCCUAAUAAACCACCACGAGCAAUUAUACGGCCAGAGUCACCAGUCCAUGGUGUGGAGGGUACCAGACUAACUUUGGAUGCUGAAGGUAGCGUCGAUGACGACAAAAUUGUUGCCUUCAAGUGGACGCAAGAUGAAGGGCCCAGUAUCCCAUUGGGUGCUAUGAACACACCAAUUCUCACGCUGGAUAACAUGGUCGCAGGAAGUUACGUGUUCAGCGUACAAGUAACUGACAGCGGUGGUUUGACGUCGUCAGCAUCAGCUCGGGUCGAAAUUGAAGCGGAACGCGAUGAUCCACCGAAAGCGCAUAUCAAUGAAUGUGGCAGUAAAGAGCACACUGGAUCACUCACUGUGCGCCUUCCGCUGUCCGAACUCAAUUUAUGUGGCAACAGUUCAAUUGACGACAAGGGCAUUGUAUCCUACAAUUGGUUUCGAGUCGAUAAGUUGUCUGAGAAGCUUUCCGUUGACACUGCUGGCUCAACCACUAGCAUACUCACGCUGCGAAAUAUCCAAGCAAAUGAGCGACUGGGUCCAUACGAGUUCCAGCUUGAUGUGACGGACACCAAGGGGCAGAAGGACUCGACGCGAAUUAGCAUUUUUGUGAAUAAAGCUGAAAACUUCCCUCCAGUCGCUGAUGCUGGUGGAAACCAUACAGUUAUACUUCCUGAAUCUGCUAUUGUACUAGACGGAAACGCCAAGGACGAUGGAAGUAUCGUCAGUUACAACUGGACUCAAGUCGACGGCCCAUCCCGUGCCUCGCUGGUGAAUGCUGAUAAAGCAAAAGCUACCGCCUCCGAUCUUCGAGAAGGAGUCUACCGCUUUUUGCUAACCGUAGUUGAUGACGGAGGGCUCAAUGGUACCGCAUCUGCUUAUAUUACUGUAGAACGAAGUAAGAAUGAGCCUCCUAUUGCAAGAGCGCCUAAUGUGACUGUACGUCUCCCAACUUCGGUAGCGGUUCUAAAUGCAUCGUCUUCUUCGGAUGAUGCAGGUAUCGUCAGCUUUCUCUGGCGGCCCUCUGAUCAGGUACCAGCAUCGAUGAUUGCUCUCGAUGGGACGGAGAAUACUCAGAUUAUGUUUAUAACUGGUUUGGUGGAAGGCAUACAUGUUUAUAACCUAACUGUUGCCGAUCAGCAGAAAUCAAAGGACUCCAUACUUGUCUUUCUCACAGUAAUAAAAGGUGAUGAAGAAUUAGAAUCUGUGGAAAUUCUAUUGAAGAAGAGUAUCGAGGAGUGGACUUACCGUCUUCGUCGAAAACUUCGCGACAGAAUUGAAGCGAGUUUGGCAGGAUCAAUCGAAGAAAGUGAUUCAGUGGUUGUGCACUUCACGCGAUUCGAAAAGUUGCCACUAGAUGGCCGACUUCGAGCAGUGUUUUGGGCUACGAGUCACUCAAAACGAGACCAAACAAUGCGACAUAAACGGUUGGUGACUUCGAACUCUGAUGUGAUUUUGAAAGCUGAACGCAUUGUGUCCAUUUUACGUCAGGAAACCAGUAUGCUGUCAGAUUUUCGAAUCUCGGUUAUUCAAACUUUGUAUUGUAAGCUAAAUUGCUCAGGACAUGGUAAAUGUAACGAUGCGACUAAACAGUGUGAAUGUGACAGCUUCUGGAUGGGGAACUUGUUUGCAUAUGUUUUUGCCGGCUUCAGAAACGAGGAUUGUGCGUGGUCCUCGGUUUAUUUUUGGAUGAUCUCUUCUUCACUGACUGUGGUACUCGCGGCCUGCUUUCUAUCAAGAAGGAAAUCUGCCAUGUGGAAUCGAGUUACUCGAAGGCGUUUCAAGAGGCGAAAAAGAUACAACCCGCUUCGAAGCGAAUCUGAUGAUGUCGAGAAGGAAGCAUAUCGUAUGAGAAAUGGUGAGUUUCUCCCGAAUUAUAAAAAUUGA